GGCGAGGAGAGAAACGACGAGAGGGGCAAGGACGAGAAGAGGAGGGCGAUGAGAGGAGAGAGACGAGAGGAGAGGGGCAAGGAUGAGAGGAGAGAGAUGACGAGAGGGGCAAGGAUGAGAGGAGAAGGACGAGGAGAGAAACGAGAGGAGAGGGGCAAGGAUGAGAGAGAGACGACGAGAGGGGCAAGGACGAGAGGAGAGAGACGACGAGAGGGGCAAGGAAGAGAGGAGAGAGACGACGAGAGGAGAGAGACGACGAGAGAAGCAAGGACGAGAGGAGAGAGACGACGAGAGGGGCAAGGACGAGAGGAGAGAGACGACGAGAGGGGCAAGGACGAGAGGAGAGAGACGACGAGAGGGGCAAGGACGAGAGGAGAGAGACGACGAGAGGGGCAAGGACGAGAGGAGAGAGACGACGAGAGGAGAGAGACGACGCGAGGGGCAAGGACGAGAGGAGAGACAACGAGAGGAGAGGGGCAGGGACGAGAGGAGAGGGGCAGGGACGAGAGGAGAGAGACGACGGGAGGAGAGGGACGAUGAGGAGAAGAGGGACGACGAGGAGAAGAGGGGCGAGGAGAGGGAUGACGAGGAGAAGAGGGACGAGGAGAAGAGGGACGAGGAGAAGAGGGACGAGGAGAGGGAUGACGAGGAGAAGAGGGACGAGGAGAAGAGGGACGAGGAGAGGGAUGACGAGGAGAAGAGGGACGAGGAGAGGGAUGACGAGGAGAAGAGGGACGAGGAGAAGAGGGACGAGGAGAGGGACGACGAGGAGGAGAGGGAUGACGAGGAGGAGAGGGAUGACGAGGAGGAGAGGGAUGACGAGGAGGAGAGGGAUGACGAGGAGGAGAGGGAUGACGAGGAGGAGAGGGAUGACGAGGAGGAGAGGGAUGACGAGGAGGAGAGGGAUGACGAGGAGGAGAGGGAUGACGAGGAGGAGAGGGAUGACGAGGAGGAGAGGGAUGACGAGGAGGAGAGGGAUGACGAGGAGGAGGGAUGACGAGGAGAGGGAUGACGAGGAGAGGGAUGACGAGGAGAGGGAUGACGAGGAGAGGGAUGACGAGGAGAGGGA